CCUAGCUCUUCGCCACUUCCCCUCUUUAAUCUCGACCCUCUAUAUUACACAAUAUCAUAAGCAUGGGCAUCAAGAUCACCUCGCUGUUUCUUAUAUCUCUCAUGACCCUAACCCUAGCCCGGCUCUCCCUUUGCCAAGACUCGCCCCAGGACUUCGUUAAUGCCCACAAUGCAGCUCGAGCUCAGGUGGGUGUGGACCCGAUUUCAUGGAAUGAGACGGUAGCUGCCUAUGCCCACGACUAUGCUAGCAAGCGAUCUGAAGACUGCAAUCUGGUCCACUCUGGCGGGUCCUAUGGGGAAAACCUGGCUUGGAGUAGCGCCGACUUGUCGGGUACUGAUGCGGUGAACAUGUGGGUUGCGGAGAAGAACGACUAUGACUACAACUCUAACACAUGUGCUGAUGGUAAGAUGUGCGGGCACUAUACCCAGGUGGUCUGGCGCAACUCGGUUCACCUUGGGUGUGCGAAGGUCCAGUGCAGCACCGGAGGCACAUUUAUCAGUUGCAACUACGACCCUCCGGGCAACUUCAAUGGGCAACGACCUUAUUAAUCUCACCCACUUGGCCUCAGUAUUGUAGACCUAUACGAUGCUGAAUCUCGGGUACCUCAUAUCCAUGAUAAAAAAUUUAAAUAAGGUGGUUCGUUCCUACAUCGGAUAUGUCGUGGUUCAAUAGACCAUGUCAACAAAUCAAAAUUAGUUAUAUGAUACCGCAUAUGUUAUCAAAUGUCACCUGAGCACAAUAUAUAUUACCAUCUUCUUCUUCCCAAGCGAUGAAAGAAAAUGAACUUAAUGAAUAUUUAUUCCAGUA